UAAGGAGGUGAUCUUGGAUCAGGUUAUUAAUGCUACAAAUCAAGUAUUUGUGGGUAUUCCGCCAGGCUACUGUGGUGCCGUCUAUGAUUGCUGAAAACUCCAGAAGCGAGUGAUGCACUGAGCACACAGCCAAAAAUGUCCCAAGCGCCAACUAAUGCAUGCAAAAAUCAAGUCGCUCAGUAUUACAACGAUUGUGGUGCGUGUGCCAAAUAAGUCUAGUAGUGAUGAUGAAACAGGCGUCUAUCGAGAAGAUUCAUUUCCAUCCACUCGAGCCAGCGGAGUGUGUUGGAUGCAGGAGCGUAAACAAGUCGAGGCACGAGGCGCCAAGACCAGUGUCGACGUUGCUAUCCGAGGGUGAUGCGUAAGAGUGCGUUUAACCGGAUAUCUCGUCAGGUAGUCAGGUGAGUGACAGGGGAUGUUGGGUCCGAAAUCCAAGGCACCAAGUGCGUCGAGAAGGUCGCGUCGUACU